UAUAUAUUACGCUUAAAUGUAAAGUGUAGUGAAUACCUUAAUUCUAUUUCUAUGCUGAAUUUGUCUUAGUUUCACAUGCUUUCCUGAACUGUAUUGACACUAGACUUGGGAAUUGGAACCAAUUUAGAUUAGUGUAGUUUGAAACACUUUUGAACUUAAUGAAGUAGCUUUUUUGUCCACUGACUUGAAGAUUUGCAACUUAAUGUGGAGACUGUGGGAUACAAGAACAUCAGCUUCAUUGUCUGGGAUGUCGGGGGCCAGGACAAGGUCUUGUAUUGUGCAUGUACAAAUUCGGCCUUUGUGGAGACAUUACUUCCAAAACACUGAAGGGCUUAUCUUCGUGGUUGAUAGCAAUGACCGUGACCAUGUGGUUGAGGCUAGGGAUGAGCUGCAUCGGAUGUUGAAUGAGGAUGAAUUGAGGGAGGCUAUGCUGCUUGUAUUUGCAAACAAGCAGGAUCUUCCAAAUGCCAUGAAUGCUGCUGAAAUAACUGAUAAGCUUGGUCUUCAUUCCCUCCGUCAACGCCACUAGUAUAUUAACACUCUCUCUCUCUCUCUCUCUCUCUCAUGUUUUACUCUAUGCAUAGGAAAUUUGGUAUCCACUGAUUGGGGCCAUUGCUUUGGGUUCUAUUUCAAGUAUAUCCAGAGCACAUGUGCCACUUCAGGGGAAGGGCUGUACGAGGGACUAGACUGGCUUUCCAACAAUAUUGCUAACAAGGCUUAGGAGAUCUGUAAAUCUUCAUUUACUUUUUUGGGCUAUAAUCUCUGUCAAACGGGAUUUUGUUGUUAUGUGGUGUUUAUGCAUUUUACAUUUGAUAUUGUCUUGAGAAUGUAUCUGUUUGUUUAGAUCAUUGUUACAAUAUGAUAGAAAUUGACAUUUGCCUUGUAGAUUCUAAAUAAUUCAUGAUUCACAGUUCAUAAAUAUGAUUAAA